UUUCCUUUUUUUCAAGAUUAUUCCUUUCGCGUGCCUUCUGAGGCGGAACGUAUGAGCGUUCCGGAACGUGAGAGCUCACUCGCUGUGAAGCGCGCGUCUCAGUGGUUUGUCCUUCUUGGAAGGCUUACACUUCGCUAUUGUUGCCUGAGUGUACUGUAGUCGGUUCCUGGAAACGGAUGCGAAAUGUGCAUUACGAGUUCAGUGUACUGUAUUGCGUGGACAUGUGAGAUGGACUCCCAUGUUCAUUCGGCCAUUUUGGAGUGAUCGCCUCAACUGACUCAAUCGGGCCUCUUUUUCCGCGCGUGAUUGUAAUUUAAGAUGCCUUAUGAAUUUUUACGCGUGAUUACAUGAAUACAUUGGCAACGCUCGUGUACUGCAGGAUGCGUGGGAUUCGUUUUAUUUGAGUAGCUGUUGCUCACAUCAGCAUGUCGCUGCGGCAGAGUAACUUAUCCACGACCAGUCGAAUUCGAGGGUCGGAUUAUCUCAGAGCCGACAGCGAAUCUCGGUGUUCCGGCUUAGGGCGACAAAUGUUGCGAGACAGCAUGCGGCGAAUCCGGAGACUUCGACUUCCUACCGCUGUUCGAACAUCAUUUCGACGAACGAGCGAAAGCCGCGGGUCGCUGGUGCGGGUAUCCCGGAACCGGGCAACGAACGCCAUUGUGACUGAUCUCGUGGACUCCCUGAUGAACUCGGGUCAGCAGUCUUCAUCCGACAGUCCGAGUGUUCGCGAGUCUUCUCGAGAAACACGCAUGCCGGGUAACAUCGGCUCUCCAAUGCCGAGUGGCCGAGUGGCGGCUGGACGAGGCGUUCACGUCUCUGCCCCAGAUCUGAGUAGGGCCCUCCAACUCGGAAGACGAUCUGCCCAUCACCUCGCCGCUGUUGAACGGCGCACGUUGGGCGAGUCGGCUUGCGCUCGUUUCCGGAAACACCUAGGGAAGUCCCUCGCUCGCCGUCCGUUUCGUGCCUGCUUGUUCCGGGUCCCUUCCCGAAUUACCGGUCCCGAUCAAGUCGAGGGAAUCGUCGAUUGCGAAAUUCCGCGACUGCCGUCGGUGCCACUGCCACCGUUGAGUCUAGCCAAAGUACGAGGCAUCCGAUCCGUGAUCAAUGCUUACGUUUGCUCAACUCGGCUAGAAUGGGUUAGCUUAUCGUUUGUUGGUGUAAGGCCAGCAGAAACUGUUCCUGGAACGCCAGAAAGACGUCAGCAGUCUCCAUCUUUCAGCACUUCCGACUCAUCGAGAACGGAAGACUCCGAUUCCCAGUGGCCCACUUGGGUUUCUUCCACGCUAGCGUGUGUCUCUUGCAAUUUGAACGUGUUCAAUGUGUGUCGCUUCGCCCUCUUGUCCAACUUGUACGGGCCGAGUUUCCUCGUCCAAUUUAGUCUCAUGAGUCUCUUUGUCGGGAUACCGAUGACUGGCUUCUUUCUCGGCGUAGGACAGGAGUUGUCAGUCGGUGCUCUGGGUAUGUGGAGCGUGUGUCCCAUUUUCCAAGGAGUCGGACUCGGCCUUCUGUUCUCCCAAGUAUUAUUGGGUGUGAUGCAGUCCGUCCCAGUGGCCUGGUUGGUCACGUAUUUCAGGGAUUCCCUGUUGUUGCCUUGGGAUGGUUGUAAUCCGACUUGUCGCAGUCAAGUGACUCGUGGCAUGGAUGUAGCUGGCCCCGUUUCCCAUUAUUUUCAUCGCCAAAUUUUCAAUAAAAGCGCACCUGUUGCCUCCACUUUUGGCGGUGGUAGUGCAGUGAGCCAUAUCAAGUUUGAGCCUGGGUUCCACCUGGGUCUUCAAUGGGUCGCAGUGAGCAGGGAGGUGUUCUUUGUCUGGGGCUUGAGUGGGUGUGCCGUGAUGCAGAUGGCGGCGCACAACCCAAAACGAAGGCGCAUUGUAUUGGAUCUUUUGCUUGUGACGCUAUUUGUUGUCACGCCGCUCUUUUUGGCCGCUUUCGCGUGCGGCUCGUGUUUGCACAUUUUGGCUCAGGCGGGCUUUGACUUCAUUCCUUCGUCUUUCGAGGAGCCAAACAUGCGCAACUUCUUGAGUCAGAGUCAGAGAAUGAGGGAGUUGGAAACACGAGCCAACGCAUUAUUCACUGGGAUUGUGUUUGCCUCAUCAAGAUUUUCACCGUCCAGCGGUUACACGCCGCUGAGGUUUGCCACGGAAAUUUAUCCCGCUGCGACAGUGGUACUUGGCCCUAGUCUCUCUCCAUUCUGGACCAUGUCUUUCUACUUCGCCCUGGUUUUCCUGGGGAUUGCUGUGUUGCUGGUGACGUGGAGGACUGUUCUCGACAUGCUGGUAUCAAUCAAGUCCGUUGUUCUCCGCAAGUGGAUUGUGACAGUGUGUUUCGUCACCUCAUUUGCCGCAUUCCUCUUCUCCUUGCCUUUCAUGUCUGAGGUGGGGAUCCACGUGCUGUACUUCCUGGACAGUUGCGUGGGCUGUGCUUGGUGGAUCAUGGUGCUGUAUGCCCUGAUGCUCUUGGGUCUUCUGUACGUGAGGGGCAAGCCGUACGGGGCAGAGGACAUUGCGGGGUCCAUGUUCCCUUCCAAACAGUCUUGUCUGAUGGGUGUCCUUGGAGGGUGCUUUGCUCUCCUGUGGACUCUGGUUCUUCCUGUUGCGUUGCUGACAACUGCAGUCGUUUCUUUCUGGUUUGGAACCUUUCGACAAAUGCUGUACUGGGGUGACACCGAGUGGAGUAACAACGCCAGUCUCUCGGCAUUUGAUAGCUUAACUAGUGACUCCUUGAUUGCCAAAGUGUUCCUUGGAUCCGCGGAUCAGCGCGCGGGAAAGCAUUUCUAUCUGUACUGGAGCAAAGGAGUCAGGCAAGUUGGGGGAUGGAUUCAAGUCGGACCUUUGCUGCUGGUGCCAGUUGUGGCUGCUGCGCAAAUCGUUUGGUAUUUGUCCUGUGGGCCGACAGAUCUGUUUGGCAGAAUCAAAGCGUUAUACAGACCGCCAUUGACGUUCAACCAUGGCAGAAGUCGAACAUCACGAUACAGACAGCAGGCAAGUGCAGGAAACUUGCAAGUCGAGUUGGAUCAACAAUCAGAUCACGCAGAUGAAGAUGCCGACGAGGUCCCCGGGGCUAAUGAUCCACCACCAUUGUACACUCCGCCACCGUCUUAUUCCACUGCGACUGGGGCCAUGGUGGCCAAGUUCCUGAGAGCUUCAUUCAGACGAAGCGUGCGACAAGUGCAGGACAUUUGGGCGACUGCGACGCGGAAUCUGGGCGCAACGAGUGAUGAGCCGAGUUGUAGCGGUGAACAGAGCUUGGGCUCGGUUGCGUCCUCCUGCACCGUCAUCUCCUCUGCCGAGUUUUGUAGUGCACAUACUGUGGAUGCAGCCACUGCGUCCGACAAAAGAAGCAGCAUCGUUAUGGGAAAGGGGUCACCUCUCGAGUGGGAACGUGCUCACGAUCCCGUAGCCGAGUACGAGUCGUCUACUGUCUGCUUUUCCAUUGUUCCGAACCGGUGCGAGAUACUGAGGAGGUGCAAGAGUCUGCGUUCCUUGCGAACGGACUCGGGCCUUUUUUCGUUGCGAAGGGCUCAGUCUACCGAGAACGUCGUGUCUGCCGUCAGUCUGGAAAUCAUUGACAGCACUGACGCUUGAGUUGACGGACAAUUUUUAUUUUAUUUUUUGUUUGCUUUUGAAAGUAUUCCCUUGUUCUCGAUGUAGGACGAUUGUACCGUAGUUGAUCAUUCGAGUCCUGCCAGCAAACCGUGAUACGACGUUGUAACAAGUGAUAUUGCUUGUCUGAAAUGUGAAUAUUCUUGUUGAGUGGUUGAAAAAAAAAAGACAUUGAAAGAGAAGGAAACAAGGUUUUAAAAGAAUAAUCUCAUGAUUAAUGCACCCGUUUUCCUUUGUCGUCUUGAUUCGUUCGCGUUUCGCGCAGAUAUUUUCAUUUUUGUGUUAACAUCGGAACAAUCUCUGAAGAAGAUUGUUUCUUGGCAAGAAUCGAUGGAAUCUAGUUGUGAUACUCGCGCCUAUGUUUUUUUCAUGUUCUCCCUUGUUGGCGAAGUUCGAAACAACGAUGUGGUUGUGCUCCAGUUGAAA